AUGAAGUGUCACAAGCGGCUUACGUUGGACAUCUGGAUACUGCUGGUGUACGUGCUAGAUAUCACCAGCGGUGGCAUCCAGCAUCAUCAGCCCUUCGAUGGAUAUAAAUCAUUCCUCGAUACCAGCACGGCCCAUCUGCGGGCGUACGUGGCGUCCGGUUCGGUUGCGUCCGCGUCCGCCAGCCAGUUCGGUGGCUCACAUCACAGCCAGCAGCAACAGUCGGGGCAGGGCCAAAGCUCGCAAAGCAAAUGGGAGGAACCGUACUUUGACGACACAACACCCACCAAUGUGACCGGGCUCGUUGGCAAAUCCGCUUAUCUGAGCUGUCGGGUGAAGAAUCUGGGCAACAAAACGGUCUCAUGGAUUAGACAUCGGGACAUCCAUAUACUCACCGUCGGUAGUUACACGUACACCUCCGACCAACGGUUCCAGGCCACACAUCACAAAAACAUCGACGAUUGGACGCUGCAGAUCAAAUGGGCCCAGAAGCGGGACGCAGGUAUCUACGAAUGCCAGAUAUCGACCCAGCCAGUGCGUAGUUUCUUCGUGACGUUGAGCGUCGUAGUGCCAACGGCAACAAUAAUCGGUGGGCCCGAUCUGCACGUGGACAAGGGCAGCACUAUCAACCUUACCUGUGCGGUCAAGUACAGUCCGGAGCCACCGGCAUACAUCUUUUGGUACCAUCACGACGAGGUGAUCAGCUACGAUUCAAGCCGUGGCGGUGUUUCGGUCAUCACGGAGAAAGGUGACGUCACCACCUCACACUUGCUGAUUCAGAACGCAGACCUGGACGAUUCGGGCAAGUACUCCUGCUCACCGUCCAACGCAGACGUAGCCAGCGUUCGGGUGCACGUUCUCAACGUUCGCGCGGUCGUUUCAGGUGAACAUCCGGAGGCGAUGCAGACCGGUGGCGCCUCGAUAGUCGUUUCGUCGGACGGUCGUUCGCUUCUACCACUGAUACUACUCGCACUACUGCUCCUCACGCUAUCACCGGCAGCAUCGAUGAACGUCGUCUCAGCAAUUCCCCGUAGACAGCUCGAACGGCGACAGACCUCAUGCGAACGCAAACCAUCGGUGACGUCGGCUUCACGCUGCACCGGUUGCUGCUGUAGUAGAGAAUCGGCUCUUCUUCAACGUCAGUUAGCUCUGAAUGUUCACCACUACAUUACCGACACUGCCAGCAUCGACAAACGGUCGCCCAUGCGGUGUGAUUCUGUGAGAUGA